CGUCGUCAUAAUAAUAAUAAUACACCUCGUCGACCGGUGGUACGUUCUACGAUAAUAAUAAUAUAAUAUUAUAUUGUUCGCCGGGUGCAUUGUGCUCGUGUGUGUCUACGUGAAAAGAAAAAAAAAUAACCCGACGUGUGUUGCACCCGUUUAUGCGAUUUAGUGUUGCACUACUGUAGUCGUGUUCCGCUGUUGGAGGACAUCUGUUGGUGUUGAUAUUGCGCUGCGUUUAUUAAAAAAAAAAAAAGGUAACUAGGCACGAUAUAUUUUAUUUCCGUGCACCUACCCAUCAUCAUCUGAGACUGUGCUGAAUAGCUGAACAAUUAUACAUCUGCUGCUGCCUGCCGCACUGUAUAGCUUCGCACGCGUCAUUUUUCUCAGUGAUCCUUCACGGUUCCUGUUCUGUAAGCACAGCAUUCAUCGAGCCGGUUACAGCCGUACACGGAGUCCGCGACAAUGUCCGACAAACAAAUCUACUAUUCGGAUAAAUAUUACGACGACAAGUAUGAAUACAGACAUGUAGUAUUGCCUAAAGAAAUGGCAAAAAGUAUACCAAAAACACAUUUACUCUCUGAAGACGAAUGGAGAUCGAUUGGAGUACAACAGAGCAAAGGAUGGGUACAUUAUAUGAUCCAUGAACCAGAACCUCACAUUUUAUUAUUCAAAAGACCACGGACCAACUGAACUUUCUACGUACCUAAAACAGUUGAAUGUCUUAUUGAACAAUGUAAAGAAGGUAGGGAAUGGCAAAUUUAGUAUUAAGUAUUAUAAUGUUCUGUUGUAUAUAUAAACCAAUGAAAAAUGUUGAUUAGUUUCAACUUUUUUCUGAUUAAACGCAAUGUUUAUUCACUCUGUUAUGUUUCAAUAAUUGAAUUUAUUUUUAAAAUGUAAUCGUAAAUAUUUACUCUGUAAGUCUUGAUUAUUAAAUAUUUUUAUUAUUAAAUACAUUUUUUUUUUAAAUCAAA